AAGCGGUCCCCCAUUACGGACGCGCUCAACGUCGCGUAACCCUGGUCUUCUAAAGCUCCCCCAUUUAGGACUUUGGCCUCCUAUCCACCUCUGUCAACACUUCGCCUCUUCGCCUGUCUCCCAAUUGCCAUGAUGCUUCUCUAGUUCUUUCCCCCCCACAAAGUCUGGGUCGUCAAUUCUUUUGCAAAGCCUCCAUAAUCAUGUCUAAAUCUCUUAACAAGCGGAAUAAGUUCGCCGAGCUGCGGGCUCUCCGGCAAUCUGGCAAGAAGAAGUUCGACACUUACGAAGUCGAGCAUGUGCAAGACUUGUACGAGGAAGUUGACGAGGCCGGAUACAAGAAGAUCGUUCGCGACCGUCUAAAUGAGGAUGACUUCGUCGUUGACGACAAUGGCGAAGGCUAUGCAGACGAUGGUCGUGAGGAAUGGGACCGUGUUCCCACCAGGUACGAGACUGAGAGCGAAGAUGAGUUGAUGGCGCAGGGUAAAGGUCGCCAGUCUAAGAAAAGCCGAGACGAGGACCAAACGAAACGAGAUGCCAAUGACCGGAACAUCUCCGAGUAUUUCACCAGAGGUCCUGCCGCAGCCAAGCCCAAGGCGAAGGUAAUCAAGACAGAAGAGGACGACGAGUUCAUCGCCGGGCUCCUCGACGAGGUCGACGCAAACAUCCCAACUCCGCUGCCGCGAUCUUCCAAGAAGAGGGACAGAUCCAAUGAGCGACGGCGAAGAGUCCGUGUCCUUUCGCCUGCCCCUGAACCUAGGCAGCAUGUGGCAAAGAAGGCGAAGGUGGUUGAUGAUAGGCUGCCACCUACCCCUCACGACGACGAUAUGUAUACCGCCGACGAUACAUCCCUUCCUAUCUUUGAUGAGGAACCAAUCACCUCAGCAGAUGUACCGAUGAGUGAUCCAGCACCAUCAUCACCAACGGCCAAAGCCGCGGAGCGCAAAUCACAGUCCAAGGCUGAACAUGCAGAGGACGAGGAGGAGGACGAUAUGAUGGAAGUCGCCCAUGCUGGAGCUAUCACUGCAGCGAGCGUGAACUUAUCAGCCUCCCGGAUCAAGAAGAUCAUCAAGCCGGAUCCGUAUCCUUCGCCGGCGAAUUCCUCUCCUCCCAAGCCAUCAGAAAACAGCGUCGACUCGUCAUCUUGGAACGACAUCAAUCAGAAGCUCAACGUCGUCAGCGGCUCGCCCGCGACGCCAAGGACAGUCGGGAAGAUUGACUACAAGGAUGCGAUCGAGGAAGAUGGGAGCCUUAACAUGUUCUGGACUGACUACAUGGAAGUCAACGGAAGCCUUUGCCUAUUCGGAAAGGUUCUGAACAAGAAGACCGAAAGCUACGUGAGCUGCUUCGUCAAGGUCGACAACAUCCUUCGAAAACUAUACUUCCUUCCCCGCGAGCACCGGCUCCAAGACGGCGAGGAGACGUCCGAGAAGGUUGAGAUGAUGGACGUCUACGGCGAAGUUGACACCAUCAUGACCAAGAUGAAGGUGGAUAUGUACAAGAUCAAGGCUUGCACCCGGAAGUACGCCUUUGAGCUCCCAGGUAUCCCCAGGGAGGGCCAGUACCUCAAACUUCUCUACCCAUACACCAGGCCGCAGAUCGACUCGGCAAUCACUGGAGAGACAUUUUCCCACGUUUUCGGCACCACCACCAACCUGUUCGAGCAGUUUGUGCUCUGGAAGAACAUUAUGGGUCCUUGUUGGCUGAAGAUCCAAGACGCAGACUUCGGCGCCGUCAAGAAUGCCUCCCAUUGCAAGCUGGAAGUCCUUGUUGAACACCCGAAUAUGGUCUCCCCAUUGAGCGAAGGGGACAACCUCGACGCGCCUCCGCUGAGCCUGAUGACCAUUGCCAUGCGAACGACCUUCAAUGCCAAGGAGAACAAGCAAGAACUCCUCGCGCUCAGCGCCCGGAUCUACGAGAAUAUCUCGUUGAGUGACACCACUCCGGCCGAGAAACUGCCCUGCCGCACAUUCACGCUCAUAAGGCCGAACGGCGCAGCCUUUCCCCUCGGGUUCGAGACACUGGCUAAAGAACGGAAGAGGGGCUUGGUCAAGGUAAUGAAGCAAGAGACGGAGAUUUUGAACUUCUUCUUAGCUCAAAUGGACCUGGUUGACCCCGACGUCAUAGUUGGCCACCAACUGGAAGGUGUCGACUACAGCAUCUUGCUGAACCGCCUCCAGGAAAAGAAGACACACCAGUGGUCUCGGCUUGGGAGGUACAGACGUUCACAAUGGCCAACAUCGAUGGGCAAACUGGGUGGCAACGUCUUCGCGGAGCGCCAGAUAAUUUCCGGCCGUCUCCUCUGCGAUCUUGCCAACGAUGCCGGCAAGUCGACAAUGUACAAGUGUCAGUCCUGGAGCUUGACAGAGAUGUGCAGCCUCUACCUUGGCGGGGACAACCGACGCCGCGACGUUGAUAAUGAUGUUGCCCUGAAGACGUGGGCCACGACGCCGAAGGGGCUCAUGGACUACAUCACCCAUAUGGAGGCCGAUACCUACUUCAUCACCGCCCUUGCUCUCAGAGUCCAGAUCCUGCCCCUGACAAAAGUCCUGACCAACUUGGCCGGCAACUCGUGGGCUAGGACCCUCACUGGCACGCGUGCUGAGCGAAACGAGUACAUUCUGCUCCACGAAUUCCAUCGGAAUAAGUACAUCUGCCCAGACAAGCAGACUUUCAAAGGCAGGCAGCGGGCGGAGGCAGAGAAUGAGGACGCAGCGAACGGUGACACCAAGAAGAAGGACAAGUACAAGGGCGGUCUCGUCUUCGAGCCCGAAAAGGGGCUGUACGACAAGUUCGUCCUUGUCAUGGAUUUCAACUCACUGUAUCCGUCCAUCAUUCAGGAAUUCAACAUCUGCUUUACGACCGUUGAGAGGUCAUCCUCGUCGGAAGAUGAUGACGCAGUUCCAGCGGUUCCUGAGGAGCAAGGUCAAGGUAUCCUGCCUAGGCUCAUUGCUACUCUCGUUAGCCGGAGAAAGCAGGUCAAGAGUCUCAUGAAGGACAAGAACGCCACCCCGGAGGAGCUCGCGACAUGGGAUAUUAAGCAGCUGGCCUUGAAACUCACAGCCAACUCGAUGUAUGGCUGUCUGGGCUAUACCAAGUCCCGGUUCUAUGCCCGGCCCCUGGCCAUGCUUACCACCUUCAAGGGCCGUGAGAUUCUUCGGAGCACGAAAGAGCUCGCAGAGAGCAGGUCACUCCAGGUCAUCUACGGAGACACGGACUCGGUCAUGAUCAAUGCCAACGUGGAUAACGUGGCCGAUGCGUUCAAGGUCGGACACGAGUUCAAGAAGGCGGUCAACGAACGGUACAGGCUGCUAGAGAUCGACAUCGACAACAUCUUCCGCCGCAUUCUCCUCCAGGCCAAGAAGAAGUAUGCUGCGAUCAAUAUGGUCGAGGUUGACGGCAAGUUCGUCGAGAAGAUGGAAGUCAAGGGUUUGGAUAUGAAGCGCCGCGAGUACUGUGGCCUCUCCAAGGAGAUCUCGUCUCGAAUCCUCAACGAGAUUCUCUCAGGCGAUGACACCGAGGUGUCUGUACAACGUAUCCACGAAUACCUGCGCGAUAUAUCCGGCAAGAUGCGCGAGCUGUCCAUCCCCGUGCAAAAGUACAUCAUUUUCACACAGCUCGGCAAGGCGCCCAAGGAGUACCCCAACGCCGACAGCAUGCCCCAGGUGCAGGUCGCCCUACGGGAGCUCGCACGCGGCAAGACUAUGCGCAAGGGCGACGUUGUCUCGUACAUCAUCACCGGCGAUAGCAAACAAACCUCGGAACCACCUGCGAAGCGCGCGUACACCCCCCAAGACGUCCUCAAGGCGGACUCCGGUCUCACCCCGGAUAUCGAGUGGUACAUGGGGAAGCAGAUCUUCCCGCCCGUCGAACGUCUCUGCGCCAACAUAGUUGGCACGUCCACGGCCCAACUAGCCGAGAAUCUCGGCCUCGACAUCCGCCGCUAUGCGUCAAACAAUAGCAACAACCUCUCCGGUUCCGGCUCCAACGAGCUCGAGGUCCACCCCCUCGAGUCCCAGAUCCCAGACGCGGUCCGUUUCCGCGACUGCGCGCGGCUGUCCCUCCGCUGCCGAGCCUGCAAGACGUCGGCGAGCUUCGAGGGCCUCCUCGCGUCGCCGGACCGCGUCACGCCCUCGGGCGUGACCUGUGCGUCCUGCGGCGCGGUGAUGCCGACGCUCUCGGUCGUGGCGCAGGUCGAGGCGGCCAUCCGCGCGCAGACGGCGCGCUACUACGAGGGCUGGCUGGUCUGCGACGACUCCAGCUGCGGGGUGCGCACGAGGCAGAUGAGCGUCUACGGCACGCGGUGCCUGGGGCCCAAGGGCCUGGCCCGCGACUGCCUCGGGCGGAUGAGGUACGAGGUCGGUGAGAGGGAGAUCUACAACCAGCUGGUGUACUUUGCGAGCCUGUGGGAUGUGGAAAAGGCGAAGGCUAAGGCAGGUGGCGCGUCUGGGAGCGGUGGCGAGGAGAGUGUCACCCCCGAGGCCAGGGAGAAGAUCGUCGCGCUGGCGGAGCACAACCGCGUCAGGUUCGGCACCGUGAAGGCCGUAGCUGACAAGUAUCUGGACAAGUGUGGCAGGCAGUGGGUUGCCAUGGAUACGCUCUUUGCCAAGCUGGGAUUCGUCGCUCCGGCCGCUGCGUAAUCAUCUUGUUGGUGUGGUCAUGGCUAUGAUGACUUGGCUUUAGUUUUGGGGUGCGCAACGCUCCUUGUCAUGAGUUUAUAUUCUUGAGCAUUCUCUGGUUUUCGUGCUGGCGUUUUAAGGGGAAAGGGGUAUGUUUUGUUCGGUUUCUGAAAUAUACAUAACUUGCGCUCGUUUAGG